GUCGCCCUCUGGUGGCGACGUUAAGAACUGCGUUAUGUCCAUCUGAAAUUAUUGCAAGGGUCAACUUAAAAAUGGGGGUUAUGUCUAUGUAUUUUUCUUAAUUUAGUUUCCGUUUGGUUUUUAUGAGUCGUAUUUAAAUGUAAUUUUAAGUAAUUAUUUGUAAUAGUAUAAUAUAAUGUGAGUGUUUAUUUGUCCCAAGCUAGCUGACGUUGUCAGCAAAGUGAAAGUAAAAAUGCUAGCGCUGGGUUUUCUGGGGGAAAACCAGCCAUUUAAUCUAUUUUACUCCAUGAGUUGGUUGUAAAGAAAGAGACUGGAGUGCAAAGAAAUAGAGGGCAAUCAUGACGGACUUUUCUACAAUUUAUAAACUGUCUAUUAUCGCCUUCAUCGGCUUUAUCCAAGGCUGCAGCUGCACCUGUCCAGUGAUGGAGUGCUGGUUCGUUCAGGAGAAACCAGGCAGAGGAGGAGGACUGACAGGAGCCACAACGCAGGAGAAAUCUCUGCUUCACAUCAGGACCGACAAGCAGAGUGAAGCAGCAGGAAGCCAGAGCCAUGCAUCUGGUAUCGACCCCAGCAGAGUUUAUGUUGUAACAGACCCUUCUGCCAACCUCUGCCACGUCUCUCUCAACCCCCCCGGAGGCUCCAUCCAGAAGCCUCAGUGUGAGAUCAACCCGUUCCUACCGGGGCCGUCCAGCCUCAAAUGGGUCGCCUCCCUGACGGAGUCGGCCCUCAGCCCCGUCUACCUGCAGGCCGACUGGUUCUCGGCGUCCUUCCAGGGCCUGGACCAGCAGCUCGGCGUCUCCACCAUCUCCAGAGCUCCAACAGGAACUAAAGAACACGACGUAAUCCUGAGCAUCACCAGCAGAACCAUGUCAGCCAAGUCCAGACUUGGGGAACCGGUCACUCUGGACUGCAACUUCUGGGUCGACCCGUCCACUCCUGUGUCCACGUUGGGCUUUGCGGUGGAGUGGCGGUACCAGACCAGAGGGGACGGCCGGCUGGUUCUAGCUUACGACGGGAAGUUGGACCGCCUGGCUGACACUCAUGAGACCGGAGCCUUUCUGGACUUUGAGGCUCUGCAUGAGAGAGGAAACGCCUCCCUGGUUCUGGAGGAGGCUAAGGUCCGACACUCUGGGACGUACAUCUGCACCAUUUACCUGCCAUACCUGCUGGCUCAGGUGGCGAUGGAGCUGGAGAUCGUAGAGCCUCCGUCUCUCUCCAUCCAUCCUUCCCCGCUGCCCCUCGCUGUUCCGGGUCAGACCCUGAACCUCCAGUGUGAAGCGUCGGGUUUCGCUCCGCUCCCUCUGGAGAUGAGCUGGGAGUUUAAAGGAGCCGACGGGAAGUCCAGAUCUCUGGGAUCAGGCAGGAUGUCGGGACACCGGCAGGCCUGGGACGGCACCUACAGCCAGAGCAGCCGGCUGGAGCUGGACACGUCCAAACUGGACCUGGGCCGAGGAGGAGAGGUCACCUGUGUGGCGGUUCAUGCAGGAGGAACUCGACGGGCCAGCGUGACCCUCAACGUUAUCGGGUUCAGCAGCCCCUCCAUCGAGGACUCCAUGGCGAUGGUCGGUGUGGCGCUGGUUCUCUACGGACUCAUCAAGUUUGUCUCAUGGAGUUUCACUGGAUCAGGGUCAAAUAAAGCUGAUGGAGAAGACAAGAAAACAAAGUAAAGAUGACAGAAGUCGACUGAUUAGAAAUUUGUUGAACUGGUGAAACGUUUCAUACAUUCGAUGGGAUUUUAGCAGCAGCUCCACGUCUUCAUGCAGAUUAAUUUUUAAGUUUUUCACAACCUACAGCCUGGUGGCACAUCUGUGCAGAAUUUAAUGCUUGUAUAUUUCUAAUGUUUUGUGGUGUAAAUUUCCUGUUUGGGGGGAAAAUAACUUCUUCAUGGUUGAACAUUUGUUUGUAUAUAUUUGACAAAAAUUCUCCUUUAUUUUUUGAGUUUGUUACAAACACUGGAAAUUGGCCGCAAAGGAAAAUGUAUUUUAGAUUGAUGCUUUUAGCUUCAUUUGGUGAAUAAAGUCACCAGUUGAAGGUUAUCUUUAGUUUAUAACAUGAUGUUGAAUUUGUUGGUUCUUACUGACGCUCUGACCAGCUGAGUGCAGCAUCAUGAUCUGAUUGAAGAAAUGUGAAGAAUACAAACAGAGUCCAUCAUUUUAAUUCAGGGAAACUUUCGCUGUUAUUGAAUUCUGCAUUUUCUCUGAAAUAAAAGUCUUUUGAAACAAC